GCCGACAGGGGGCGGCCGACUCUCAGGGGCGCUGCUCCACUCUCCAGUCUCUCCGCUCCACCCAGGGAACGUCACGACCCCCUCUCGCUGCUUCUCCACGUCGUUAUUGCGCAGGCGUGGAUUGGAGAGCUCACGGCCGAGCCGAGGGAGGGGUCACGAACUCUGACCCCCCCACCCAAAACACAAACCCAGAAAGCUGUUUACCCCUACUUCGCCUCGGUUCCCCACUCCCUUCAGCUUUCUCCAACUCUCCUCCCGGGGCGUCUUCCCCACCCAGCUGCCGCCGCAGCGGGACUGUCGGGUCGGCGCCCGACUGAGGAGUUAGUGCAGCGGAGAGACGCGGGUCAUUUUGACAAUUAGAUCAUGGCAACCAUAGAAGAAAUUGCACAUCAGAUUAUUGAACAACAGAUGGGAGAGAUUGUUACAGAGCAGCAAACUGGGCAAAAAAUCCAGAUUGUGACAGCACUUGAUCAUAAUACACAAGGCAAGCAGUUCAUUCUGACAAAUCACGAUGGUUCUACUCCAAGCAAGGUCAUUCUGGCCAGACAAGAUUCCACUCCAGGAAAAGUUUUCCUCACAACUCCAGAUGCAGCUGGUGUUAACCAGUUAUUUUUUACAACUCCUGAUCUGUCUGCACCACAUCUCCAGCUCUUAACAGAUAAUUCUUCCCCAGACCAGGGACCAAAUAAGGUUUUUGAUCUUUGUGUAGUAUGUGGAGACAAAGCUUCAGGGCGUCAUUAUGGAGCAGUAACUUGUGAAGGCUGCAAAGGAUUUUUUAAAAGAAGCAUCCGAAAAAACUUAGUAUAUUCAUGUCGAGGAUCAAAGGACUGUAUUAUCAAUAAACACCAUCGAAACCGCUGUCAAUACUGCAGGUUACAGAGAUGUAUUGCGUUUGGAAUGAAACAAGACUCUGUUCAGUGUGAAAGAAAACCCAUUGAAGUAUCCCGAGAAAAAUCUUCUAACUGUGCUGCUUCAACAGAGAAAAUCUAUAUCCGAAAAGACCUUCGAAGCCCAUUAGCUGCAACUCCAACUUUUGUAACAGAUAGUGAAACUGCAAGGUCAACAGGACUGUUGGAUUCAGGAAUGUUUGUGAAUAUUCAUCAGUCUGGAAUAAAAACUGAGUCAACUGUGCUGAUGACACCAGAUAAGGCUGAAUCAUGUCAGGGAGAUUUAAGUACAUUGGCCAGUGUGGUUACCUCAUUAGCAAAUCUUGGAAAAACUAAAGAUCUUUCUCAAAAUAGUAAUGAAAUAUCUAUGAUGGAAAGUUUAGGCAAUGGUGAUUCAUCUUUGUGUGAAUUUCAAGAAACACAGAGCAAUGGUGAUGUUUCAAGGGCAUUUGACACUCUUGCAAAAGCAUUGAAUCCUGGAGAGAGCACUGUAGAGGGAAUGGAAGGAAGCGUACACCUAAUUGCUGGAGAUUCAAGCAUAAAUUACAUCGAAAAAGAGGGGCCACUUCUCAGUGAUUCACAUGUAGCUUUCAGGCUCACCAUGCCUUCUCCUAUGCCUGAGUACCUGAAUGUGCACUACAUUGGGGAGUCUGCCUCCAGACUGCUGUUCUUAUCAAUGCACUGGGCACUUUCGAUUCCUUCUUUCCAGGCACUAGGGCAAGAAAACAGCAUAUCAUUGGUAAAAGCUUACUGGAAUGAACUUUUUACUCUUGGCCUUGCCCAGUGCUGGCAAGUGAUGAAUGUAGCAACUAUAUUAGCAACAUUUGUCAAUUGUCUUCACAGUAGCCUUCAACAAGAUAAAAUGUCACCAGAAAGGAGAAAAUUGUUGAUGGAGCACAUCUUCAAGCUACAGGAGUUUUGUAACAGCAUGGUUAAACUCUGCAUUGAUGGAUAUGAAUAUGCCUAUCUGAAGGCAAUAGUACUCUUCAGUCCAGAUCAUCCAGGCCUAGAAAAUAUGGAACAGAUUGAGAAAUUUCAGGAAAAGGCUUAUGUAGAAUUUCAAGAUUAUAUAACCAGAACAUAUCCAGAUGACACUUACAGAUUAUCGAGACUCCUACUCAGGUUGCCAGCUUUGAGAUUGAUGAAUGCUACCAUCACGGAAGAAUUAUUUUUCAAAGGUCUCAUUGGAAAUGUACGGAUUGACAGUGUCAUCCCACAUAUUUUAAAAAUGGAACCUGCAGAUUACAACUCUCAAAUAAUUGGUCACAGCAUUUGAAAGCUGAGAUCAUAGUGCUAUAAACUUAUUGUUCUUUUCCAGAACACAGGAAAACACCAAAUUGUACUCAUUGCUUCCAUAGUAUGUGCAAAUUUUGACUUUAAAGACUAACCAAGGGCUGGGGAUGUGGCUCAAGCGGUAGCGCACUCGCCUGGUAUGCGUGCGGCCCAGGUUCGAUCCUCA